ACAGACCCCAAAAUAAAGCGGUCCUGCGGGUGGUCAGGCAGCGACAUCACGUCACUUAUUAUUCGUGUUGUUAUAUUCGACGUCAUUGGCAGGCCCCACUCUUCUGGCCCGGUGCCGUGUGUUUCGGAUCCGACAGCCUACAAAACUUGACCCGGGGUGUCUUUUGUUUAGACAAGGUGAGCGAAGACUCGCCCGAAUCAUUGGAGAUCACUGAUCCCCGCAGUGCGGCGACUGGACUCAGAUCCUCAGUCAGCAUGUGCUCGUCAACGACCAUCGGCGCGCUUGUGUGUCUGCUGGCGGGGGCCGUAGCGGCCUUGCAAAGCCCCCCGCAAACUGUCUUCUUGGACAAGCAGCAAGCCACUUCGGUGAUUACCCGUCAGAAGAGGAGCGUGGAGGGCGCUGGCCAGCGGCUGUCCACCUUGGAGCAGGCCUGCAUGGAGAGGGUGUGCACCUACGAGGAGGCCCGCAAGCACUUCCAGGACUCGUACCGCACGGACAUUUUCUGGUCCGUCUACAUCGAUGGAGACCAGUGCGCAGAGAAGCCCUGCAAGAACGGCGCCCUGUGCUCCGACAGUGUGGGAGGCUACGACUGCGUCUGCAAGGCGGGCUUCUCAGGGGUCCACUGCGAAACCGACCAAACCUUGUGUGUCCUGGAAAAAGACCAGGGCUGCUCCCAGUUCUGCAAGCCGGGCUACACCUCCUACGAGUGCUCCUGCGCAAGAGGGUGGAAGUUCCAUCGGACAGACAGGAACAAGUGCGAGCCGGCAGUGCGCUAUCCAUGCGGGAAGGUGAACAGUCUGAGCCAGUGGGAGGCCCGUCAGUCUGCCAUGGUCCGCGACGACUUUCAAGGACUUGCCUGCGCUUCUGGAGAAUGUCCCUGGCAGGGCCUUCUCAAGAGCGCAGACUCUGAAGGUUUCUGUAGCGCCGUCAUUCUCAAGGAGAACCUGGUGCUGACCUCGGCGAAGUGCGCCACCAAGUACAGCUCCUUCCAAGUGGCCGUGGGCAAGCGGAAGAUGAGCUACGAGGACGGCGAGCAGACUCUUUACGUGAAAACAGCCCACACGCACCCGCGCUACAUAGCGGGCCGCCCCGACAACGACCUGGCCGUGGUGGAGCUGCGUGACCGCAUCGUCUUCAAGAAGGAGGUGACGGCCGCCUGCCUCCCAGAGAAGGACUUUGCCGACAGCGUCCUGACAUCUGGCGAGCUCCCCGCUGUGGUGACGGGCUGGAAAGACCCCGAGGCAGGAGCCUCGUCUUUUCGGGGCCAGCUGGCUCUCAGCGGGCUGGCAUACAAAGGUCUACCCGAGUGCCUGGAGAUUCAUCCCCAUGUGAUCAGCAACAAGAUGGGCUGCAUGGCCACCCGGGCCAACACCGACUGCAGUAUGAGUUCCGGGAGCCCCCUGCUCACCUUGUACAGGGGGGUGUUCUUCCUCACCGGCGUGGUCAGCCAGCCGCCGGGUGCUGAGUGCAGCAAAGGCUUCGUCUACCAAAAAGUAUCCCGCCAUCUCGGUUGGCUUCGCUCGCUAAUCAACUCGCUGUAGUGGAAUCACCUGUGACUGGACUCCAUCUUUAGAAUAAGUCAACUGCUAAGUGUGUGUGGUUGAGCGUGUGUUCAUCAUUUACCACAGUAUCGUCCACAUGUAGAUUUACUUCCCCGUUUAUCCACAAGGUGGCGUAAAAGUUGACCUAAUGCCACAGCUAUAUGCCGCAUGAAAUUUGUAAACACUGAAAGUUAGACGUUUGACUGCCAGCUACUUCUUGGCCUGCAUGUCAUCACAAUUACAAUAAACUACGUGAUCCAUU